UCUAAUUAAAGUGCCCUAUACACUGUACACGUUUCACUAUGGCGUCUUCCAGAGGACCUAGCCCAACUAUGAAAUCGUGGGACGAGCUACGGAAACAAGCUCGAACUCUGGAGAAUGAGCUAGAUGUGAAACUGGUUGCUUUUAGUAAGAUGGGAUUUGGAAAUUCCAUGGAAUCCACACCACUCCUCUCUGAUGAUAGCUUCAAUAGUGCUGUCUCUGAGAUUGAGCAGCUGCUGUCAAAGUUGGGGGCUGUAAAUGAUGAGAUGGCAGAGGUGUCAUUGAUGGAGAACCCACAAGACUCAGCAAGACAGCACACAAUCCAGAGGCAUAGAGAUAUUCAGCAAGACUUUAGCAAGGAGUUCCAAAGGACUCGCUCGAACAUGCAGGCUCGCAGAGAGCGAGAAGACCUUCUGAGGGUCUAUUCCAGGUCAAACUACAAGCAGACCAGUGGGUUGAAUCGCCGCAUGGAUCUGUAUCUUAAGGAGAGUGAGCAUAUCCGCAGCUCAGAGCGGAUGAUUGAUGAGCAGAUCAACAUCGCCAUGGAGACACGGGAUCACUUGCAUGGUCAGCGAGCUGCAUUCAAGAUGAUUCAGACCAAGAUGAAUGACCUAACAAACCGGUUCCCUAUGAUCAACAGCCUGGUGCAGCGGACAACACUUCGCAAAAGGCGCGACUCCAUCAUUCUCGGUUCCGUGAUCGGCAUCUGCACCGUUCUCCUUCUACUCUAUGCCUUUGGAUAAACUUUAUCAUGUCUCCUCUUCUUGUGAUCAAUGAGUCUCUAUCACCAUCGGCAUACAACUAAAUCACCAUAUCUCCAUAAUUAUUUUAAUCUUGGAUUCUCUGCCUUAUAUGUCAAUGCCUCAUGACAUGAAGUUUGAUGAGGAGAAUCUCAAUUGAUAUGGGAAUGUGAUGGCUAAGGCUUUGACAGAAGCCUCCUGCAUUAUUACUUGAAGCACUCUAAAAUUUAUUGGACCAAUGAGAUACUGGUGUUUAUAAUCCCUAUCCAAUGAAUCUUCCAGGAUGUGGAAAUUGGAGUUUUUUGUUUAAGUUCACCCUGCUCCCAUAUUACAAGUUUUCUGAGCCCCAUGCUCUGAAAACUACCUCUGCACUCUAGGCAAUCACCAUUCAUUUUAAUGAAUCAUUCUAUAAUAUUGGCAUAUCAUUAUCCCCUUUUAGUAAGGGUGCUCUUUUUGUCCAGUAACUUGCUGGUGU